ACCCCAGCCGCGACACGCGCGCCUUGUUCCCCUGGACACAUUGCACUCCUGUCACUCGCCCUCACUGCACCUCACCUCGCCUGCAAGACGCUGCCGCCCCUCAUCCUGCUGCUUCCGUCAGAACCACAUCACAAUCACAGACGACCCCUAGCAUUCUCAGACUCCCAUCUUCCUAGACCCUCCUUUGCAAUGUCACACUCACAAGACGCCUCAGUGGCAGAUGACGAGCUCAAGCCCUCCACCACAGAGGGAUACAAGGUCGGAGAGAAGAAGACUCUCGACGAGUACACACAGCUCGACGCCAAUGACGAGUCACUCGCAAGAUGGAAGGCAAGCUUGGGCAUCGGAGCAAGUGGGGGAGCUGAUCCCUCCAAGCCAAAGCUGACCCUCCACUCGCUAGCCCUCAUCUCCGAUACCGCCCCUGGCGGACGAGUUGGCAUCAACCUCGAGCAGUCAAAGGACAAGCUCGAAGCACUCAAGAAGAACCCAAUCACCAUCAAGGAGGGAGUGGAAUAUAGCGUGUCGAUCAGCUUCUCGGUGGGGUCUGAUGUCCUCUCGGGUCUCAAGUAUCUACACGUCGUUAAGCGGGCAGGUGUGACAGUGGACAAGCUCGAGGAGAUGAUCGGCUCCUAUGGUCCUCGUAACGAGCCGUAUGAGAAGAAGUUCGUACAGGAAGAGGCGCCUAGCGGGAUGCUCGCCCGCAGUGGGACCAAUGUCGUGAGGAGCAGAGUGGUCGACGACGAUGGAGCCGUCUACGCAGACUGGACGUGGGCCUUCAAGGUGAGAUAAGGGUGCGGGAAGACUAUGUUGGAGUAAUGGUCUUGCUGACCAUACCACCGCACCACUUACACCUCUUGACCGAAAUCUCCCUUGCAGAUUGCAAAGGACUGGUCGUAGCAUCGCAGCCUGUG